GACCCUGGGGCAUUAUGGAAGUAAUGCUGCUUAGGUGGAGCCAGAAACCUGCAUCGAGGAUGGGCAAAGGGGCCAUGGUUAGUCAUGUCAGGGACCUCCCCUCCCCUACAGCCCUCUUCCAUAUCCGUGAACCUGCAGGGAGACAGCUUCUUACAGGUGGAGAGCUCUGAUGCAGUGCGUGAGCAGGACAAGGUGCAAUUCACCAUUCAAACCAAGAUCUCCCCAGCUCUUCCAGAGCCAGACUUUGAGGCUUCAAGAGAAAAGCUGCAGAAGUUGGGUGAAGGAGACAGCUCCAUUUUCCUUGAGCUGCCUGCCAUUCUCUGCAUGGAGUACUUGGCUAUCUUCAGGAAGACAGUUGCUAUGCAUGAAGUCUUUCUGCAGCGCCAGGCGGCUCACCCUACCCUGUGGCAAGACCACAUUGUCUUUUUGGAACACAACCAGGAUCUGAGUGUCUGAGGAAAGAACCGGAAGGAGAUCCUUGGGGGUUUUCUGAGGAAUAUUGUGAAGUCUGCAGAUGAAGCUCUCAUCACUGGCAUGUCAGUGUUCAAGGAGGUGGAUGACUUUGAGCAUGAGAGGACCUUCCUGCUGGAGUACCACACAAAGGCAGACUGAAUCAUGCACUCCCACAAUUGCCUGGCAGACCAUUAUAUCCCUCUCUCAGCCCCACUGAGCAGUCUGGGAACACACGUCAACCAGCUAAAAAAGCGCUUCCUCAAAUUGUCAGAAUUUUUUGAAAGACUAAGGAAGCUAGAGGGCUGAGUAGCCUCAGACCAGGACCUGAAGCUGUCAGACAUGCUGAGAUACUACAUGGGAGACACAGUCAGCCAAGGAGGGAAGGACCUGCUAUACCAGUGGCUGCAGUCCCUGGCCGAUUACGAGAACGCCAAGGCUUUGGACAAAGCACACACCAGGAACUGGUGUGCGUGUGCCUCUCAGCCAAGCAGGGUGUGAUGCAUGGCCCUGGAGACCCUGCCAC